CCGGUCGCGUGCUGCGUUUUUGUCUAGCUCUGGAGAGUUCUUCCUUCCGGAAGUCUGUCUCGAAAGUUGUCAGAGUUUUGCGGUUUUGCACACAAAUCCUUGAGGCGGAAAGUGCUUUCGUGGGUUCUUGUUGGUUUGUGCCAGGAGAAGAGCAAAAAAAAGGUGUGACAGGUGUUGAUGAAAUUGAAGAAUUUUUUUCGAGCACUUAAUUGAGGGUUGUUUUUUUGCGGAAGUGAGUGGAGUGAAAAAAAAAAGUUCGCGAGAAAUAACAAUCGAAGAAGGCGUUUGCUGGGUGGUGUUCUGCAAGCGUAGUGAGUGAGGUUAUGUGUGUUUGCGCAUAGCGUGACUUGACGUCGAAGUCUCUUUAAGUGAACGACACGCGUCAGAAGAAGGACCAAAGGCGCGGCGACGGCGGUAGUGGAGGAAGAUAAUCCGAUUCGGAACCUUCGCAAAUCUAAUAAUCUAUUCCUGAUUCGAUAACAGUAACAAUGAUUUCGAUCUGAUUCAAGUGAUCUCAACGGUGAUUGUGCGAAAAGUGAGUGUUGAAAAGGUGCGAUAUAAAAACAAACAAAAAAUACAUUUCCAAGCCUACUCCGAGUGGGAAGUGUUGUGCAGUCGGAAAGGAGAGAGUGGUUCAUGAAAAAAGCAUGAAUCCCCAUCGGCGGAGGUGUUGAACGUGGUAAACUCAUGGAUAAUAAAAAUAAAUAACCCCCGAAAAUAAAAACGAGCAACCAGGACCGAGCGACCGGGAUCGGAUUGUGUUUUUUUGUAGCGUUCUUGGACGGAAACAGCAAAUCGAUUAAUAUUUAAUUUCAUUUUUGGAACUUCGCACCCGUUGAACGCAAAAAACGCGAAUCAGCAUAAUAGUAAUCGAAGUAACCCCAGACCCCCUCGAUAAAAAAAAAAAACCGCCAAAAUUUAUCCCCACGAGAUGGACUACUCCUACCUGAACCAGGCGGCGGCCGGAUUCGAUUCCAGCUGCCUCCAGGGCGGUAUGGAUCCGACGGGUUUGGGCAACAUGCCGUGCACCUACGGCGAUUUGACUUCGUGCAGCCAGAUGUCCCAGGCGGCCUACACGCGGUACACGGCGGCGGCGGCUUCGAUGGCCCGGUCCUACAACCCGGUGGGUUCCGGCGUUGGGCCGGGCAAUGUGACCAUGAGUGCGCUGCAUCAUGCUGCGGCGGCCGCCGGCCCCGGCAGUCAGUGCUCAGUGAUGGGCGGCCGGAGCCACCAGGAUGUGCACCGGGCGUCCAUGUUCCAGACGUCGAUGAAUUUGCAGUCCGGCCUUCCCUACAAAGUGUACUCCGGUCACGAUUCGGUGCUGGCGGAGAAGCGGAAACAGCGCCGGAUACGAACCACCUUCACGUCGGCCCAGCUCAAGGAACUGGAACGUGCCUUCCAGGAGACGCACUAUCCGGACAUCUACACCCGCGAGGAAAUUGCCAUGAAGAUUGACCUCACCGAGGCGAGGGUGCAGGUAUGGAAAAAAUCUACUAACGUAACGUUCUGGAAGUUGAACAACACGGCCGCGGUCAUCACCGUCAACACCGAGCGGGAAUGA